AUGGUGAGUGCUCGAUCCCAACACAGAAAAGUUGGGUGGAAAGACCUGAUGCAUCGCGUCCGAAGACAAGCUGUCCCUGGGGGUUUGGGGCCAGACAGAGGGCAGUUCUUUGUGGGACCCUACAAUACCGGGUGUCCUGGAUUCCUGCCUCGGGAUCUCCCCUGCCUUGCAGUCAUACCGCCUCCACCGGUGCUGACCUCUUCCGGAAGUGUCACGGUGAUCCUACUUGAGAAGGCCCACAGGACCCUUGUCUGUGAGGCUCCACUGAUGGAUGUUGAAUUUCAGCUGAGGCAGGGUGAGCACAAGCUGAAGCUCCCCUCCAUCAGCACCAGCCCAGAGCAGGUCAAGUUCUAUCUGAAACGAUCGGAUCUGGGGGACCAGAGCCCAUUCACCUGUCGCUACCGUCUACACCGCAAUACAGCUUGGUCCAAAGACAGUGAGCCCGUAGAACUAAUGUGGAGUGAUGAGACACUGCCGGCACCAGUGCUCACUGCCGAGCCAUCGAAUCAGACCACUGAACCUGAUUUGAUGGUGCAGUUUCGAUGCACCGCCCCUAAGGCUGGUCUGCGCUUCGGCCUGCACCGUGAAGACCCGGAUGAGAGCAUCCUGCUGCAGACGCUGAAGACAGCUGGCAACGAGGCUGUCUUCCAGCUGCACAACGUCUCAGCAAAAGACUCUGCCGACUACAGCUGCAUCUACAUGGAACUAGCCCCGCCCUUCUCUGGAUCUGCUCCCAGCGAGUUCGUGGAGCUGACUGUGAACGGGCCACCACCACCACCAAAGCUCCAGGCGCUAUGGACAGGUAAAGUACCUGCUGGCAGUGAUGUUGUUCUACGCUGCCAGAGCAAGGUGCCCGGGGUCGUCAUGGAGCUGCUGCGCGGUGGCAAAAUUGUCCCCUACCGGAUAUACAAAAUAACAAGCUCCUGGAGUGACCUGGGGCUACCCUUAGUGGGUCCCCGACAUACGGGUAACUACACCUGCCGCUAUACCUCCUGGAAUCCUUAUCCCUUCCACUCAGAACCCAGCAACCCUGUGGAGCUCAUAGUAGAAGAAUGUCUGUCAGACUCUAUCAUGAAGCAGGAGCCUCACCUUUAG